CAUGGCGGAGCGGAGCCGCGGCGCUCGGCGGCGCCUGCUGCUGCCGCUGCUGCUGCUGCUCCUGGCCGGCUCCGCCGCCAGCCCCGCGGAGGAGGGCGGCGGGCGGCGGGAGGCGGGCGGCGGGGAGCACGGCGAGGAGGCGGCGCGGCACCACGACUCCUCGUACGGCACCUUCGCCAGCGAGUUCUACGACCUGCGCUACCUCUCCGAGGAGGGUUACCCUUUCCCUACUGCUCCUCCAGUGGACCCAUUCGCAAAAAUCAGGGUGGAUGACUGUGGAAAAACCAAGGGAUGCUUCAGGUAUGGCAAACCUGGAUGCAAUGCAGAGACUUGUGACUACUUUCUGAGUUACCGCAGAAUAGGAGCUGAUGUUGAGUUUGAGCUGAGUGCUGACACAGAUGGCUGGGUGGCAGUGGGAUUUUCCUCAGACAAGAAAAUGGGGGGAGAUGAUGUCAUGGCUUGUGUUCAUGAUGAUAACGGAAGAGUCCGAAUACACCACUUCUAUAAUGUUGGUCAGUGGGCUAAAGAAAUCCAGAGGAAUCCUGCUCGAGAUGAGGAAGGGGUUUUUGAAAACAAUCGCGUAACGUGUCGAUUCAAGCGUCCUGUGUAUGUUCCCCGAGAAGAAACCAUCGUAGAUUUGCACUUGAGUUGGUACUACCUGUUUGCUUGGGGUCCAGCAAUCCAGGGUUCCAUAACUCGUCACGAUAUAGACUCUCCUCCCGUGUCAGAGCGCGUUGUCAGCAUUUACAAGUACGAAGAUAUUUUCAUGCCUUCAGCUGCCUAUCAAACCUUCUCUUCUCCAUUCUGCUUGCUCCUCAUUGUUGCACUGACCUUCUAUUUAUUGAUGGGAACCCCAUGACCAAUGGAAAAUAGCAAGAAUUUGGCAGUGGAAGUUUCUCAGGAUGGACGGCUAUAUGGAUGGACAAUGCAUUUUUCUAUUGGAAUUUAUAUCACAUCACCAUCCUCAUCUAGCUGCUUUUGAACAUAGUUAGCUUCUCAGAAGAGUGAAAUAACCAUCUUCCUUCAGUGGCAGAGUGGUGACAAAUCAUUUAAGAAUCAUCAGUGAACACAUAGGAGAAUAUUUUCAGUGUUGUGAUUACUUGCUUAAGGAAAAUGAGACUUUUGUAAAAUCAAUGUGUGUGUGUUUUGUGUGUUUGGGAGGGGUGCCUGUAUGUGUGUUUAGGGGAAUUUAGUGAUGGACAUCUUAUCAAAUAACAAAUUGCCUUCCAAAUUGCUACACAAAAGCAAAUUUAGGAAAACACUGCAAUGCUGUUCGGUACUUCUAGAGCAGAGAUCACAACUCCAAGUGCAGUUUCUGAUUUUAAUAUCUGGAAACCAACACAGCAGUAUAAAACCUGCCCUUUGGUAGUGGACAGUUCUCCCAGUUUCUUUUUUUAUAUAUAUUUAUUAAAGUGUACUUGCUGUGGUACAGCAAAACUAAACUUGCAUAUUCAAGCAUUAGCAUGAUUUUUUUUUCAACAGAAGGAGGUGACGAAUGUCUUUAUUGUGUUUCAAUACCCUUUUUGAAAGAGUGAGCUAGAAGAUAAUUUAAACAAGGGGAAGGGAGAAUACAGCAAUAUAAAUUCUCCGUACACAGGAAAACCAGGUGUAAAACAUGCAGAAUAUAAAAGUUCCCAACAAGCCAUAGGAUGUCCUCCUAAUAGAUUAAAUAAAUUUUUCUCUUUUUAUGAAAAAAACCAGCAAUUUUGCUGACGUGUAAAUAUAUUUUUACAUAAUUGUGCAGUAGUAAUCUCUUUUUCUGUGUUGUAUGCCACUAAACCCCGUUCAUGUUAAGAGUGACUGUGGCAGUUGGUGUUAUCUUACAAGGAAAUAUAAAUGAGAUUACUCGUAAGGAAAGACAGGGAUUAAUAAGAACAACAGUAUCUUUCGUUCAUCAAACCACUGACUGCUACAAUGUAAGUGUUGUGGAAAAAGAUGAGCUAAAAAGGAAACACAUUAGCUGUUUUUAUCACAAUAGAUAGUAGAAGAGGAAUGCUAAAUAUUACAGAGAUGAAAAGUGUCAAAAUGCAUUUAUGAGCCACAGAAUAUUAUAAAAACUGAGUGGAGAAUUUCUGUUCUUCACAUAAUAGGAAGUGUAUGACAUGUUUACAUGUAGCAAUCAAAUGUGCUUAGUAAGGUUACUCAUUCACUUUCCAACUUACACUAAAAUUCUACUUAAGUGGAAUUAAAAUAUAAAUAGUGCCAAAGUUUUAUCUAAUGUGGUACACUUGAGGACUCUCUAAUGUAGAAUCUGAUAAAGUAUAUGUAAUGCAACUCCUUUCUGUUCUUAUUGCUGCAUGGAGUAUAAAAUUAUUAACUAGCUUGGCUGGAUUUGCAUCAUUAUUCACAGAUUGAUGUUUGCAGACUAAGAUUUUUAGGGUCAGAAUUCUUCAAACCUAUGCUUAAGGUAUAUGAAUUAGAUUGAAGAUGAACUUAUCUUCAUAAGAAACACUUAAUCCCUAUUUCAAAAGACUAAUAUUUUAUAUUUUCAUUGAUGUCUUUAAGGAUUUUUUCACUUAAAAUUACUGGAUUAGAGUUUGGAAGAGGGAGGAGAAAUUCAGAAGUGAACUUUUAGAGUGCAUACUAUAGCUUUAUUUAGUAUAAAUGACUUCUCUCAGGUUGGUUAACUUAUCAUCUGAUCAAGUAGAGGCCACCUACUAAGGUCUGCUUUGGCCCACAACAGCUGUGUAAUUUAGCCUUAAGAUUGGCUGGAGCAGAUAAGCAGAAGCCUGGGUAAUGAGCUUUUACAUUCAGCAAACAGGUGAAGUGAAGAAAUCAUUAGGGUAAAUUCCUUCUCCUUUGUGCUGAUUUGUAGGCAGCUGAGAUAUUGCAGUUCUUUCUCAGAGCCUGAGGGUUGCUUUAGUUUAUGGCCUGGUUUUUACUGUUUCAGCCAUUUACUUGAUUACCCACUAAAGGGCUAAUUUAAUAAUUUAAAGGUACUGAACUUGGAUAGAAACCCAGUUUGGCUUCUCUUUUCUUCUUUAAUAGAGCUCUGGAUUUAGGAUAGUCUUGUUGAACCUGAGCACACAGGUACGUUAUAGAUGACAAUAAUAAUACCAAGGUAAAAUUUUGUAAUAGCUGUCAAUCUGCUUUGGGGAUACAUGGAGCCAGAUGUGGUUAAAGUUCAGGAUUUGAAGCAAGAGCAAAGUAUUUUACAUUAUUUUUUUAUUUCUUUUUCAGGUUACUUGUCAGUGUGCUGUGUUUUUGUCAACAUAUUUUUUCUCUUGCUGAAGUAUUAGCAGAAAUGUGCACUUCUAAAAAAUCUUUCACCUAAACUUCACAGUACUUAAUUAGCCUAAUAAAGUGUUUCUAAUCAAAAGGGAGGAAAUAAAAGGCCACAGGAAGCAGGAAAACAAUCUAUUAUCUGGCAUUUAAAUGGAUGGUUGAGUUUAGCACUGAGUUUAUCUAAGAGUUCCUCUUCACAGUGGGAAAAUCAGGACCAUGGAAUUCAAGCUGACAAACAAAGAAGGUAUGAGUAUCUAAAAAUUGGUAGUUGGGAUGAAAUCUGAGGAGAAAAAGGUUAUAAGGAAAAUGUGAUAUGUAAGUUUGUAUGAUGCUCGGUAAGUCUUAACAUUUGAGUCAGCAUAGUAACUUGUCAUGGAGAGCAUUUUGGUUUUCACAUUUUGUCUUCUUGUUUUUAUUUUUAAUACUGAAAUGUAGGAUUUAUCCCUUACAUGAAGUUACUAUAAAGUAGCAGACUUCAAAAUAAUUUUUAAUUGAUUAUGGCUUUUCAAAGACUUUUUGUUUUAUUAUUUUUUUCUAAUUGACUGAUACUAACACAAGCUAGAAGAAAAGGCCUGCUUUGGAAAAGGAGGCAGAUAUUUCCCUCUCCAAAUAAUUUUUUGUUUCUUUAGUGUGAUUACUACCAAACAGUAGUAAAUUCCUGAGUGCUUUAAUUUCAAGAAUUUCCUGCUGUAGAAUGACUUAAUACAGAGGCAUUGAGUUUAGAGAGGGCAUAUUUAGAGUAUGGUGUUGUUUGGAAAUUUGACUGUGGUUAUUAAUUAGAAAGAUAUUUUUUGCACAAUUUUUUUUUUAAUUUCUGGUAUCAAAUAACUGGGUUUUUAGGUAUAGGUGAGAUGCUAAUUGAUUUCCCCCCUCAAAAAACAAAGCCCACCAGGCUGAUUUGGUAAUGUCAUUGGAUAACGGGUGAUGCUGUCUUCUAUGAUCAGGGAAAUGUUUUGGUUUUAAAAGAGAACAUAUUGAUGAGAAAAGUUUGAACUUCCUCUGUAGCCUUCUUGUUUGUCUUGAUGGGUUUUGCAAUACUUGGAUAGUAAGAAAAUAAACACUUGGGGCCUCGCUAAUCUGAAAAAAAACCCAGUUUGGUUUAAAUGACGUUAAAGCUGUGUUUGGCACUGAAUUUCCCAGUCUUCAGCACAGGAAUUAGAGAAUGAUUGGAGUAUGGUGUACAUAAGCAUGGCACCAAGGCAGUAGCCCUGAAGCUCUCUUGGGGCACCAUAUCCUGGGUCUGAAGCAAAAAAAGAGCCCUGCAACUGCCUCCAUGUACUCAAUAGCUGCAGUUAUCUCUUAGUUUCUGCUAGAACUGAUAUAACUGCUGUAAGGUUAAGGGAAGACACUGGUCUUUCUUUUUUGUGGGUUGUUGUUGUUGUUAUUUUCUUACGUUCUCAGCCUUCCAAUGCAUCAGACAUUUACAAAAAAAGAAAAUUAUUCCAGUUUUAGAGAGCAGAUCCUCUGUCUGGUCUUUCAGGUCUUUUCUGGGUCCAUUGGAAAUUUGCACCCUCCAGUACUCCAGAGGCAGAAUUAAAGUUUAUAUGCAAAUUAUGUAACUUUAAUAGCAUUUAAUGGCAUUUUGUGACUCUGUGGUUUUGUUGGUUUGGCACGCUAUUGUGUAGCAGGUGUACUUCCUCCCACCCUCCUCUUGUUUUAACAUCUCCAAAUAAUUUCCCUAAAGUAAAGUAUUUGGUAAUAGACAUAAUAAGAAGGAAAUAUGUAUUUCAGAGAAUUACAAAAAGUCAAAUAUCACUUAUUUUCAGAAGUAACUAUUGUGUUAGUGUUUUAUACAAAAUAUGACUUUGCAUAGAGCCUUAGAGUUGCGAUAGAGUCAGAAAUAUUUUAAAUAUGACAGUAUUUCAGUGCUUCAUGGAGCUGUGGGUAUGCACAGCUUACACAAAUUGGUAUGAUUCUUUUCAACCCCAUUUCAACGUAAUGAAACUGCCAAAGCAGUUUGCUUGAAUUCUUCACUGUGAGGCAUUGGUGACCCAGACAGCUUGGAAAAGAAGAAUGGAGAGAUUGGUAGGAAGGACAAAUAACAAGGAAGGGCUAAUGGUUUUUGUAUACUUUCUAUUUUUGUAUAAAUUUAUAUGUGGCAGUGCCCAUCUGGCACUCUUUAUCCAAGCAAAUAUUACUUGAUGUAGGGUUAGGAAGGAAUAGAGUCUGACUUGAAAGAGAUUUUGGCUUUUAGGCAGGUCCCAGCUGUGGCGUGUCAGACCAUGCCACAAGAUGUUCUCUGCUGUCAAGCUCCCAGUGAGAUCUGGCCUUCAGAGGUACAAAAAUCCAGCAAGACUCCAGAGGCAAUAGCAGCAGUUGGCUGCAGCAGGGAAUGCCUGCUCAGUUUGUACAAUGGCCAGUGAGCAGGUACUCCCCGCUGGCUGCAAUCUGAUAUCAAAAGAUGGGGCUCUAAAUCUUAACAGCUUUGUACAUUAGCUCCUCUAAUUAAAUUUUCAUUAUCAUUAUUUCUCUAACAGUCUGCUUGGGCAGCUCUCCCUCAACCUGCCCAGGAUAGAUAUGGAUCUAACUGGAAGAUUUUAAAGAAAAUGGCAAGUCCCUGUGUACAAAAAUUAAUAAAAAAGAAAAAAAAUUAACCGUAUGCCAGCUUUUCACAUUAUUUUUCUUGUCUAGUUAUUUAUAUGCAAUUUGUAUAUUGAUGUGUCUGAUUUUUGCAACUACAGAGGAAGAUCUAGGUAAGCCUUCCUUUUCUAAACAUCUUUUUAUUAAUAUGAAAUAAUCACUUUGGUAGCUUCUUUUUUUUUCUAUUUUCACUGUAGGUUUGAUAAAAUUAUAUAUGCUUAAACGUGGUUAUUUAACUUACCUAAUUUGGGCGCAGAUAGUGAGGCAAAAGCAGUGCAAUUUUGAAAUGUCAGAGAGGAUGUGUGCAGCUUGUGGAGUUGAUAGGUGUGAAAAUGCAGACUUAAAAGACAUUACUUGCUUUGAAAAUCUGUGUUAUGACUUGGCUAUAGCAAUGAAUCUGCUGUAAAGAAAGGGACAGUUCUUUUUUCCCCUUGGAUUACUAAGUAUUUUGAAUAGAACUCACAGACUAUCUCAGGUUGGAAGGGACCCAUAAGGGAUCCAUAAGGAUUUUAGAGUCUAACAAAUGGUGCUUCUCACAGGACUGCCUAAAACCAUAUGAAUCAGAGCAUCAUGCAGAUGCUCCUUGAACUUCCCUGCAGAGCAUGUUCCAGUGACUGGGCCCCCUCGUAGAGAAGAGCCUUUUCCCAAGGUCCCAUCUGAACUUCCCCUGACGUGGUUCCACAGUCAUUCACAACUGUUGCUUUCGCCCACUUUCUGUGUUUCUUAGCUAAGUAGGAAUGUUCUUCCAAACCAGUAUGAGUUGGGACUUCACAACCUGUAUCUUAGAACAGCUGCUGCUCCACAUAGGCUCGUUCUGAUCUGCAAUUGGAGGCUCAUUAGGAAGGUCCUUAUGAGAUCAACUUUUAUGUGGCAUUCUUAAGAUACUUUCUGUAAAAGUAUUGUACUCUUCAUGGACUAGGGCAUUACAGAAUUACCAGUACUUUUCUGAACUGUUUCUAAGUGAUUCUUAGAUUCACUUUUGAAGAAGUAAUUGGAUUUUUCAGAAGUGCUGAGCACCUAGAAAUCUGUUACGGCUCCAAUGCUUACUCAGGGAAGUGAACAUUUUAUGGUAACUCAUUAUUUAGCGUCAUCUCUCUCUCUUAGUUUUGAUGUCAUUCAGUUCAAUUUCCCAUGGUGGUAUUGGUAGAAGACUAAAUAAAUGAAAAAUUCACUUAGGUUAUGUGCUAAGGAAUAAAAAUAUUCCUGCUGAUUUCUCACAACAGUGAUCUGUGAGGUUUAGAUAAUGAAAAGGAUUCUUCAAAGAAUUAGUGUUUAGGCAGUGUGAUUUAGGUGAAGGUAUUUGUGUGUGCAUGUAAAGUCUGAGAAUUAUACAAGAUUAUAGAAGAGAGUCUAAAAACAAAAGGCUGAAUUCUGCUCUGGAGACAAGAAAAAACACAGAACCUUACCUGUUCCCUGUCUCCUAGCUAAUUUUGGGGAGACAGAAUGAUCUGUGAGAAAAAAAAAAAAUAAACCUGACAUAUUACGUAUGUGGGGAUUAUGUUUGUAGUUGUUAUACACACAUGCCUUCUUUCUUCAGUACAAAAAUUAGCCUCACAGUCUUGGACAUAUUACAGUGUUAUUUUCACUUUUUUUUUCCAUACAAGCUGAAACAAGAAUAAGUUCAGUAAGUCAAAAUAAUGUUGUCAUACAGAGUAGUAGGGAAAUAAGAAAGGAAGCACAGAUGCCACAGUUAAACCUAGGAGGACAAACAAAAUCUUGUUAUUUAACUUCAGGAUAUGGUGUCUGCUUCUGAAAUACUUGACUGCUCACAUAGAAGGCAAUGGAUUCUUUUUCAGUUUUUUACCCUUGGUGAUAUGAAACAAGUGAUAGGAAUUGAAAUAGAAAUAAUAACCACAACAGAAUUUUUAAAGCUAGAAUUAUCAUUCAAGUCUUGACAAAGAGAUUGAAAGAUGAAAUUGGAAACCUAUUAACUCAUUGGAAAAAUGAAAUAGUGGGACCUUGACAUUUGUGUGUGGUGUGCCCAGCCUUUAUUUAAGCAGAUACUUUUUAUUAGCAUAUUGAGUUCUGUUUAGGUUAUAACAGAUGCCUGGUAUGUCUUGAUAUUUUUGAUUUAUAUAUCCUGAGGUCUGGUUUGCUUUAAGCUCUGUGCAAAUAAGCAAGCUGUCAUAACUGUGAACUCUUGCCACUUAUUUUGUAUUUCAUGAAGUGCAACGGUUGAACCUGAAAUGUCAUCUCUCCCUUUUGACUUUAUUCACCAUCGUCAAGACUAAUAUACAGAUGAAACAUACAAAUAAGAAAUGUGUAACUGUAGUGUUAAGUGGUGUUCUGCAUUCUCUAUGCUAGGCUUCAUUCUGUAUGCCAAUCCCCAGCAGCCAUGUGAAGUCAAUGAGCAUUUGGUUGGAUAGGAGUGCAGAAUGGAGGUUUUGUAGUCCAGAAGAAUUUGCCAAACUUCUUUGUAUUUGUGCUCUAGUCUUUUCAGCAAAAAUAACACUGAGUGAAUAGAUAAUGAAAUCACAGUGACCUACGGGACUACUUUACAAUCAGUGCAUGCCCUACAGUAUUGCUUUGUAACAUCUGUUUUAUACUAAAUGUUGGUGUUCAAGUGAGCCUUGUUAGCUAUUUGACAGUGACAGACAAUAAUAUUUAUAAUCCUGUUGCAAUAAAUGCCUUUUUAGUCUAAGAAAAUGUGUGGUAUGGCAUUUAUAACGGAGGAAAAAAGUCUCCAUGAGGUUAAAGAAGUCUCUGCUGCUGCCUAUGUUAAUAAUUAAUUCCCGUGCCAUGGUUUUUAAUUUAUUAGGCUGACUAAUUCCAUUUAAUUCAGUGAGGCUGGCCACAUUAGCGAAUUAACAGAUGUGAGAAGACUACUUUCUUUUUUCACUAUGUGAAUCACAAUGAAGCUGUAAGUGUGAUCAUAUCUGUUUUAGCCAAGUAUUAACCACAUUGUCAACUGCUGUAAGUGUAGAAUUUAGAGGUUCCUGUGGUGACCUCUGUGGUGUUUUUAUAACCUAUUUGAUACAAAUACGAUCAAGUUGCAAUCUUACAAAUUCUGGUGUUCUUUAUCUACUGUCACCACACUGCCUUUUACCUUGGUCAGAAUGGCUUCUGAAGCAGCCAGAACAGGCUUUUGCAGAAAAGAAGAAAAUGAAAUAUAUAUUAGAAAUGGGCAACAGAGAGGAGGAAGUGCCAUGAUACUCAGCAAGCAAAAGCAGCUGUAGAAGUCUCUCAAACAGGGAUGCUUCAUUUUCUGAGCUCUCUCAGGUUUGAACAGGUGUUUUAGCUCCGUACUGGUGGACUGGGAAGACAAGUUGGCUGAGGGCAUCAAGAAAUGUAUUGCUCUUACACUGUGUGGUCUGUAUGUUGUGUUUAUAGUAUGAUUGCAAGCCUGUAGCUGCAAGAAAGGAUGGAUCUUGUGAGUGUCAGCUACUUGUGCACUGUCCAAGCCAUGAUCUGUAGAGGUACUACAUAUACCAAAUAGAUUUAAAUUAUAUUCUGUUUGUCUUUCAGUACAUGACUGCUGACAGAUUGGUGAGGAAUUUGUCACAAACCUGAUGAAUCCCAAACAUUCUUUCAUUACUCAGGUCUCUGUAUAUCUGGCUCUUGUUCUGUGCACAGAGCUAUCAUGUGGGAUAACCCUGAAAAAUAGUACUCUGGAUUUUUUCCAUCCACAGGUCCUACAGGUGCUGUCUUGCAUGCUUUUUCCAGUGAUUGAACAUUUUUGUGUCGGUGCUAUUGACUGCUCUGCCUUACAACCAUACAUUUCAUUCCCCUUGUUAACUGAACAAUAUUCACAGCCUUCCGUGUAAAUCAUUCAAACUUAACUCUGCUGAU